GCCGAGCAAACGCGUAGCGGCAGCAACAGCGAGUGGCAACGCUUGAUAGGCAGCACUGCUAGUGAAAUCUCCACUGCGACCAAGCAGGGCUCGUGAUCGCCAUCGCUGCGCCCACCGCGUCGCGCUGCACACGCACGCUGCGCACAGCAAAAAGAUGGCAGAGCCCUUCGCCUGGGCCUCGGCAGACCGCCUCCUCCUGCGCGUCGCCCCCGACGCGCCGCUCGCGCUGCGCGGCGCCGUGACGCUGCGCUGCCUCCGGGGCGCCGCGGCGGUCCACGGCCACGUCUUGCGACAAAAUCAAACCGUACGCGCGCACGCGACGAGCCCGGCGCUCGUGCUCCGCUACGAGCGCGCCGGCGAUGAAGUGUUUGUCGGUCCGCCUUGGCUGAUAACCGCCCGGUCGUCGUCGAGGUGACUGCAGCAGCGAAUCAACAAUUGGCGGUCACCGAGGCGCCGGACGUGCCCGGCGUCGAGCGUUUCGAGGGCGUGGCCGUGGCACUCGUCGAGAACGCGAUCAGCUGGCGGCCCCUCGCCGAGCCGCAGCCCUGGCGCGAGGCUGCAUUAAGGUUCGCAAGCAUCAAUUCGGUGAUGGCCCUCGGCGGCCAGAACGCGGGCAAGUCGACGCUCUGCCGCUACCUGGCCAACGCGUCCACACAAAAAGUCGCCUUGCUCGAUUUGGAUUGUGGCCAGCCUCUGAGCGGCCCGCCGGGCUUCGUCUCAUUAAGGGUCUUGGACGGCCCCUUCCUCGCGGAGACGUCUCACGAAAACAAUUUUGAGCGGCGGAUUUAUCUGGGCGCCACCACGCCCUCGGACGCACCCGAUGCGUACGUUGCGGCCGCAGUUGGAGGAAUCCCGCGCCACGUACCUCUACCAUUUCUUCGGUCAUUCCCACGGAAUCGGCUCCAGAGCGUGCCUACGCCUAGCGGUUGGACGGCUCGUGGACCUACAUACCCGAAUUCGGCGCGUCAUGGGCCCCGCGCAUCCGAUGACGCGAGAAAUUACAGACCUAUUGCGGACGGCCUUGAACGAGCAAUUGGACUGGCGACUCGAUGAUCUUGAUCUUCGUA